UUCUCCAGCGCCAAGCCGCUGCCGUCGCCGUCGCGCAUGAGCGUGGCCGACCUGCUGGAGGUGUCCAAGCAGUUCCGCAGCAAGCAGACCAACUACAUCCUCGAGGACCAGACGCUGGACGAGGCCGUCAAGUGCCUGGUGCAGAACGAGAACUCGGCCACGCUCGUGGUCGUGAACCGGCAGCACCAGGUCGUGGGGCUCAUCACCAACCGCCUGGCGCUGCAGCGCGUGGUGCGCAUGCGCUCCACGGGCAAGCGCUCGGACUGGAACAUGAAGGUGUCGGAGGUGGCGAUCCCCGCCAGGAAGGUGCUGCAUGUGUCGCCCGAGGACUCGCUCGAAGACUGCCGAGCAGUGAUGGCGCUGUCCGGGGUGGGGGAGCUGCCGGUGCUGCAGGGGAGCAAGUUGCUGGGCACGGUGUCGUUGACGGACAUUGCGUCGCUGAUCCAUCGCCACGACGCGCAGCUGAAUCCCGACCCCACCAGUGCCAAGUCGGACUAUAUCAACCUCAUUUUGCCACGCAAGGGACUACCGGCGAACACCUCGCUGGACCAGACCGUCGUGCAGCACAAGAGCGUCCACCCGAACUACUGGUCGUACUACCUGCACUCGUUCGCCAUGUCGAUCCCACACCCGGCGAAGAAGGAUACAGGUGGAGAGGACGCCUUCUUCUUGGGCGUCGUGCCCCACGGAGAAGAGGAAGGCGGUGCGGCAGCUCCCGUGCCGGAAGAGCGCCCCAUUGAUAUCGAUCCGUCUGUCCCGACAGUAACGAAUGGCACGCAGGGACCGGUUGAUGUGCUGGCAAUGGGUGUCGCUGACGGAGUGGGAUCGUGGUUCGAGAAGGGAGUGAGUGCUCGACAGUAUGCGCAGGAGCUGAUGGUUGCAGCGCACCAGGCAGUACAGGUCUCGUACGCGAAGGACCACGAUAUCGAGCCGUCAGAGGUGCUGCACGCCGCGUGGUCAACUGUGCUCCAGAAGGAAAUCGUCGGCAGUUCAACGGCUUGCGUGCUGGCACUCGACCCGGAGCAAGGAGAGCUGCAUGGCGUCAACUUGGGAGACUCGGGCUUCCUUAUCAUCCGCGACAAGACGUCGGAUCUCGAGACUGCACGACUGCGCGGUACGCUGGACGGCUCGCUGAUGCGAAAGAUCAUCAACCGCGAGCAGGACCUGACGCCUGCUGGCCGACGAAAGGGAGCUCACGUGACGUACCGCUCGCCUCAGCAGCUGCACUACUUCAACUGCCCCUUCCAGCUGGGCUUCGCAGGUGCCGACCUCGUCAGCGACGUAGUGGACGACUUGGCUACAGGAACGCACUCGCCCAUGCGCGAGAAGCCGCUGUUUGAGACCCCGGAGAACGGUAUGAGACUGCGGGUACCUGUGCUCGAAGGAGACCUAAUUAUUCUGGCCACGGACGGACUCUUCGACAACGUGGACGAGGAAGUCCUGCUCGAGAUUGUGCGGGCCGAGCCCGACCUGGAGACCAUGACGCGCAAGCUGGUGCAGAAGGCCUACGACCUGUCGCUCGACCGGACGCGGGACUCGCCCUUCGCACGGCUUGCCAAGGAAAACGACUUAUUGUGGGGUGGAGGCAUGCCGGACGACAUCACGAUCAUCGCGGCGCGCGUGACCAAGCACAGGAGUAAAGAGGAGAGAGCCGCUGAUGCAGCAGAAGCUGCGGCC